GGUUAGGUUGGCAGUAGGUUGUUUUCUUCAAAGCCUCCCGGGGUUCCCAUUCGUCGCUGCUAAACUCCGCUACUGCAAAAUCGGUUAUUACAGCGGCGCACCAGACGGGCUAACGUUAUAGGUUACAGAUGGAACAGCAGGACCAGUCCUAUAUGUUUGCCAGUCUGAAACGGCCUCACUCAGAGCAGCUGCUGCAAGGCCUCCAGCUCUUGCGGCAGGAUCACGAACUAUGUGACAUUGUCCUGCGUGUGGGUGAUGCCAAGAUCCAUGCCCACAAAGUAGUGCUGGCCAGCAUCAGCCCUUACUUUAAGGCCAUGUUCACGGGUAACCUGUCAGAGAAGGAGACCUCCGAAGUGGAAUUCCAGUGCAUCGAUGAGACUGCCUUGCAGGCCAUUGUUGAGUAUGCAUACACUGGCACAGUGUUUAUCUCCCAGGAAACCGUGGAAUCUCUGCUACCGGCUGCCGACUUACUUCAGGUUAAGCUAGUACUUAAGGAGUGCUGCUCCUUCUUAGAGAGCCAGCUGGAUGCUGGAAACUGUAUAGGCAUCUCCCGCUUUGCAGAGACGUAUGGCUGUCAUGACCUGUGCCUGGCUGCAACUAAAUUCAUCUGUGAGAACUUUGAGGAAGUUUGUCUAACAGAGGAGUUUUUUGAACUGACAAGGGCUGAGUUGGACGAAAUUGUGUCCAAUGACUGCCUUAAGGUGGUCACAGAGGAAACUGUAUUUUACGCCCUGGAAUCGUGGAUCAAAUAUGAUGUAACUGAGAGACAGCAGCAUCUGGCUCAGCUGCUGCACUGUGUUCGCCUUCCACUCCUAAGCGUAAAAUUUCUCACUCGCCUAUAUGAAGCCAACCACCUUAUACGAGAUGACCACGCAUGCAAGCACCUGCUCAAUGAGGCCCUCAAAUAUCAUUUUAUGCCUGAGCAUCGGCUCUCCUAUCAGACUGUGUUGUCGGCACGGCCCAGGUGUGCCCCGAAGGUGCUGCUUGCAGUAGGAGGCAAGGCUGGACUGUUUGCAACAUUAGAAAGCAUAGAAAUGUAUUUCCCUCGGACAGAUUCAUGGAUAGGACUGGCCCCUCUGGGUGUACCCCGUUAUGAAUUUGGAGUAGCAGUGCUGAACCACAAGGUGUAUGUGGUGGGAGGCAUCGCCACACACAUGAGACAGGGCAUUAGCUAUCGGAGACACGAGAGCACAGUGGAGAGCUGGGACCCGGAGAGCAACACCUGGUCCUCUGUGGAGCGUAUGGCCGAGUGCCGCAGCACACUCGGGGUGGUGGUCCUGGCGGGCGAGCUGUAUGCCCUCGGAGGCUAUGACGGCCAGUAUUACCUCCAGUCGGUGGAGAAAUAUGUCCCCAAGUUGAAGGAGUGGCAGCCUGUGGCACCCAUGACCAAGUCCCGCAGCUGUUUUGCCACCGCUGUGCUGGAUGGCAUGGUGUACGCUAUUGGAGGCUAUGGCCCAGCCCAUAUGAACAGCGUAGAGCGGUACGACACCAGCAAAGAUGCCUGGGAAAUGGUAGCCCCCAUGGCAGAUAAGAGGAUCAACUUUGGGGUAGGCGUCAUGCUCGGCUUCAUAUUCGUGGUGGGCGGACAUAAUGGAGUGUCACACCUGUCUAGCAUUGAGAGGUAUGAUCCACAUCAGAACCAGUGGACAGCCUGUCGGCCAAUGAAUGAACCACGCACUGGUGUGGGAUCUGCCAUCGUGGACAACUACCUCUAUGUGGUGGGAGGUCACUCCGGAUCAUCCUACCUGAACACUGUCCAGCGCUAUGACCCCAUCUCAGACAGCUGGUUGGACUCGAGUGGCAUGAUGUAUUGCCGUUGCAACUUUGGUCUGACUGCCCUUUGACCCAUGGCCCAGCCAGCUAGGACCCAAUAAGAGAACUUGGACACAAAGACCUUUAUUUUUUAUUUUUUUUUUUUGUUGUCUUCUCCUCCUUCCCCACAUUCAUCCUCCAGGUGCAGAGGAGUGCUGCACACCAACGUGAACACCAGAGGAGAGGGGAGCCUGCUGAGUGGAUGGAUGUGCCGGGCUAGCUGGCUGGCUAGAGGGGGACCACAGACAUGGCUGCAGAGAUGAGAAAGAGCUCCAAAGUUGUGCAGAACAGAGAGGAAGAUCAUAGGACAGCUGUUGUCACGGGCACGAGGAGACGACCGCUCUACUGCUGCUGGACCACAAUGAGGACUCUGAGCCAUUUCCCCAGAGGAUUGUGGGAGAAAACUUGUCACUUUUGUUUCAAAAUUCUGUUAUGUAAGCAGACUUUUUUUGUUUUGUUUUUUGUUAUACUUUAUGCCAUUAAUUGUGUUUAACACUCAAAUCUUUUUUUUUUUUUUCUUCUUAAUUUCCCUGCUGCAACUGGAACCAUGUGUUCAUAUUUUGUAGAACACUGCAGUCGGCAGGUGUUUUUGUAUGACUGUGGUUGUUGGCCAUGUAGUGUGUAUGUCCGUGUGUAUGCUCGAGAGGUACAUGCAUGUCAGAUAGGAUUGUUUGUUUUGUUAUGCGUCCGGGUGCAGAGCUGAUGCUUGGGCUCAGCGAUGCAGGAGUUCUGCAUCAAAAUCAGUGCUUCACAAAAAAGAGAAAAGUUGGAAUCUUUAUAUUUUCAAAAAGGGCUGCCUUUUUCUCUCUUGUAAAUAGUCUAAAUAAAAUAUAUGGAAUAUAUCCUCUAGUGCAUUGCCUGUAAAAUGUCUUUCUGCACUGGGUCACUAGGGUGCGUGAGGAUGUGUGUGUAGUUUGAUUCCGAGGUUCAGUGUAGAGUUGAGUGACAAAUUCUCCUGAGAGUGUUUAUCACUUAGUUUCUGCUUCAUCCUCGGAGCCAUUUAAAAAGCCCCAUCUUCUAGCUUCUGUUACAUCUUCCUAAGGUCAGGUCACGCACUUGCUACUCUUUAGUUGAAAUCGACCAUGGCCCUUUUUUCACCCUUUGGUCUGUACAGUAUACCAACUGGUGCUAUAUUUAGGAUUCAGGAUUCAGCUGUUUGUCUGUGUUGCCUCACACAAUUAGGUCAACCUCUGUUACUUACUACCACAUAAGAUGGUAGUUAUUUGAUGUAUGCACAUUUAAAUGCGUAUAAUUGAAUGGCCCCCAACCAUGCAAUAAAAUAAAUUCCUACUGCAAGGGAAGCCUGUGGUUGGAAAACCGCAAACCUCUGUCCUCAUAAAUAUCUAAAAAGUCUGAAAAUUAGCACUGUUUGAUUCUUUUUUUUUUUUUUUUUUUUCUUUUUAAUUUUAAAAUAUAUCCUAGUUAGCAUUCCCCUACCUUACAUUUGUCCCUGUUGCUGGAUAUGAGCAUGCUUUGUCAUUGUCUCCAUACCUGUUCCUGGUACAAUGUCCCUCUUGGUUAUGAACAUGACUUUUUCUGCCUGUGAUUGGGUCUAAGUCUCUUCUUUUUACUCACCAACUCGCUACCAAACGUGAUUCUCAUGUAGCCAUGGUCUUGCUUGCAAGCUCAGGUUUGAGGUAAUUCAUUCACCGCUUCAUGUGAAGUGCCAAAACAUGAACUUUUGUUUUUGCAUCUUUCCCACCUCCUGUGCUAGAAACUGCUUCUUUUGUGUGCCACAAUUGAAACAUUAUCUUGUUGUCCUUAUUGCUAAUGUAUUAGCAUGACAUUCUUCUAUGCUGUCAUAUGGAGAUGGAUGAUAAAGCACCAAGGGCUGUGCCAGCCAACUCGGGCCAUGUUCCCACUGUUACCAGUCCUGUGUCCUGGGAGAGAGACCAGAGUGCUCCCCAGGCUGGCUGACGGAUAGGUCAUGCAAUGCACAGAAAUAGAGGGCACUAGACUAGGAAAGGCUAGGUGUGGUGUGUCUUGUUAAGUCACUUAAUGUUCAAGUCUAGUUUGAGUUGCUUUGUGCACUGAUGUUUGCACAUAAGUGGAAACUUUAACCAAGCUCUGCAUUGCACUUACCAAACUAUUUGAUACAUAUUGUAAUUGUACAUACGCUUUAAUUUAGGAUAAUGGCAUUUAGAUAAUGCAAUAAGACUUCUGUUCUUUGUGUUUUUCUUUUUGUGUGUGUGUGUGUGUGUGUGUGUGUGUGUGUGUGUGUGUGUGUUUUGUCUCUUUUAAAAGGCCAAGGCAUCUCAUAUUGCUGUAACAGAACGUGGCAUGUUUAUUGAUUCACACUGAUGGCCGGUAAUGUUGACAUCUGAUGAAAAAUCAAAUGGUACCAUUGACUUUGCCUCAUCCUACAGGACAUUUGAUGUCAUUUUGUUGUGCAUGCUGGUUUAUUUGUACAAGGCAUAUGUUUAUUGAGGCAGAUUCAGAUGGAUUGCUCACAAUCAUUGUGUUAAUUAUGAUAAAUGGCCAAAUUCGAGGUAUACACUUUUUAUUUUUAUUUAAACAAUUCAGCCGCUUUCACCACAUAAGUCUUGUAAACGUUAAACGGGACAUGUGCUCUUCCACUUGUACUCCAAACUUCAUGUGUUUGUGAAAUGAUAAGGGAAACCAUUACUACAGGUGGAGACUUUAAUGACGUUUGCCUUGCAAAUUGGUCAGGGUGUCAUUUGGUGAGACAUUUAAUUUGUUGCAUCACUAUAUAGAGUACCUUCCUUUUACUUUUAAAAGUAAGGCAUAAGCAAGCCAAGCGUAUUUCUGCAAAUAUGUCAUUUUAUUUUAGAAAGAUGUGAAUGACUUUUUUUGUAUUUAUAAUUGUAUUAUUUAUGUUGUAACCUGAUUUGUUGGCUAAUUCUGUAUUGUACUAGAUUUUGUUAGUCACUUAACAGCCAUGGCACAAAUCACGCGGGCGUAAUUAUGUGCUACAGCCAUGAUUCCUCCAGCAUCAAUGUUAUGUACAGUGUCAUGAUUUCUGAGGUGUAUAUUAACUACUGCUUUUAUCAGUUUUGGAGAAACGCUGAAGAAAAUCUGCAAACGUUAAUCUGCAAAAAGAAGGGAUGUUAAAAUCGAGUUUGUAUGCAUUUUCAUUAUGGCCUAACCAAUGUCAUGUUUUUUGCCACCACUCUCACCAAAGUGCUUGUUCAAAGAAAGCAGAUGGAUGACUAACACCUUGGUCUGCAAUGGACUGCCACUGUUUGUGUCUGAAAGAAACAUUCUUUGAAACUGAUGUCAAUGUUAGCCAAAUGACCACUCUGCUUCUUUUACAUUUCCCAUUGUGUGUCUGGAGUAAAAGGUGAUGAUCUUGAAUUUUCUAUCCUGUGGAUUAAUACUGGAAGUACAAGAUAACCUUAGGUGUAGAAACGGUAGCUUUUCACAUUUUAUCAUGUUUUGAUUGAAGACAUUUUACAUACAUCUUAGUCUGUUUGUGUGGUGCAGUUGUACCCAGUUUAAAAUAAAUGCCUGCCUUAAAAGGUAC